UCUGUUUGCGUGUGAUCUGCCGUUUGGAGGAUCUGUCAAAGCUAAAAAUGACAAGUGCAGCUUGCAAUCACACAACAUGAGCUCGCACUGGUGGUACAUUUACCUGAUAGCGCUAAGCCUGUUGGCCUGGUUGGUCGACAGCCGGCGCGAGGCCAAGUUUAACUGCACGCUCACGGCCAACUACUACGACUGUCUGUUCCGGGAUGUGAUCAUACGCAGCGAGACGGACGCGGACAACAUCUUCUUCGGGGUGCAGAACUUUAACGACACAAGCAUUGCGUUCCGCGACUCGUCGAUGGUGGUGCUGCCGAAGAAGAUUUUCGAAACGUUUCCCGCCAUACAGUACCUGUCGAGUGAUGCCUGCCACAUACAGAAGUUGCUCGGGGGUACGUUCGCGAAUGCGCAACGUCUGCAGGAGCUGCAUCUGUACGAUAAUCGGCUAACGAGGCUGAACAACUUUGUCUUCAAUGGUGCGUUACAGCUGGAGAUACUGUCCCUGUACAACAACACGAUCAAGCAGCUUGAAGAGCACGCGUUCGAUGGACUCGGUCAUCUGCGGCUGCUCUACAUGGACGAGAAUCAGCUGGAAAAGCUCCCCGAAGGUAUCUUUUCCGGGCUGGAAGAGCUGCAAAUACUCGAACUGCAGCACAAUCGCAUCAAAGAGAUCAACGACGAUCAGUUCGUGCUGUGUCCGAUGUUGCGCGAGUUGAACCUUAGCGCGAACAUGAUCAACACCUUCAACAUGUCCCAGCUGCAGUCACUCAACAAGCUCGAAACGCUCGAUAUCGCACGCAACUAUCUGGACGAGGUGUUUGUCACCAAGUACCUGCGCACGCUAAAUGCGCAGGAGAAUCAGAUCAGCCGCAUCCUGAUGGAUCAAGGUGACUUCUUUCAGCUGACGCACCUCAACCUAUCCCGCAACAACAUUGCCAACAUAAACAACAUCUUCAAGUUUCGCAACCUGAUCGAGCUGGAUGUAUCGUACAACGAGCUGGUAACGCUCGAUUUUGUCAUCUUCGCGUUCAUGAAGAAUCUGAAGGAUAUUAAGCUAAACAACAACCGGCUCUGGAUACUGGACAACGGUAUACCUUCGCCGGCCAAGUCACUGCGCAGCCUGAACCUGGCGCACAACAAAUUUCUCUACCUAGAUCUGGCCGUGCUCGACACGUUCCCGGCACUGGAGUACAUCUAUCUGCACGGUAAUGAUCUGAUCGAUAUGCAGAUGGAGGAUAUUGAUCAAAACUUCCCCUACCUGACGCUCGUGUCCUGCGACAACAACGAUUGGGACUGCAUCAACCUGAUGCACAUCGUGACGCAGCUCGAGCGGGCGUACGUGAAGUGGUCGAACGGCAACCGCAACUGUACCCGGCCAGAGCAGCAUCGGUACAUCUGCUGCACGUCGGCGGAGCACCACCUGCGGGAGAAGAUUGUACGGUUGACGCGCGAAAUCUAUAAAUCGCGCAAGAUGAUCAAGCAGCUGAUAAUGGAGAAUGCGGAACUGCGCAGCGAGGUCGAGAUGCAGUAUCUGCCGAGUGAUGGAGGCGCAUGAAGAGAAAGAGAGAGCGAGAGAGA